UGUGCGUUUCCGGCCUUUUAUGACCAGAGUCGAUAGCUUUGUAAACAACGCCGACAUAAAACACAACUCGGCUUGCCGCUGGUUCCAUAUCCUACUCGUUUUUUACCAUCCGAACCUGACAUAUUGGCAGAGCAAACAAAUUUCACAGUUGAAACGGGAUCGGGCCGCUUGAUUCAUAUCAUCAAGGGUAGAUAUAGAAUUGGUAUCUCCCGCCCACGCGCGCUCCCGACGACGACUCGAUUAUAGUGUUAAAGAGGAAGGGAUCGGUGAAUUUUAACGCGGCGCGACGCUACAGAGGGGAUAGAUUCAGAGGCCUGUUACGGUGAUGGCGGACGCACGGCGAGGAUGGUGGCUGGGACUGCUGCUGGUCGUGACCGUUUGGGGGGCUCCGGGGCGCUCCCAAAAGUGGCUGGAAGAUCUAGACGAUCCCGAAUAUCGGCGAGACGGGUCAGAAUACAGCGUGGACAUCCGAAUGCCCGACGUUAGCCCGGAAAAGCAUGACACGUACCUGUGCUACAAGGUACCGCUGGACCAGAAAGAACCGUCUUACAUAGUGGGGUUCGAACCGAAGGUGGAGGAUCACGCGGCCCACCAUAUUCUCCUGUACGGGUGCGAGGUUCCCGGCAGUGCCGAUAAGGACUUGUGGAACUGUGGAGAGAUGAGCGGCUCGACCAUCCACCCGACCUGUCAGCAAGGCGCUCAGAUCCUGUACGCCUGGGCCAUGGAUGCACCAGAGCUCAAACUACCAAAAGAUGUCGGCUUCAAAAUUGGCGGGAACACAGACGUCAAGUACCUGGUGCUACAGGUCCACUACAAUGACGUCACCAAGUUCAAAGGGGGCGCAACUGAUGAAUCCGGGGUUGGCCUCCGGGUGACCGACACUCCGCAGAAGUACAUGGCUGGGGUGUACCUUCUCGGGGUUGGUGCUGGGGCCAUCCCUGCGCACUCAACAGCCAAUCUCGACACUGCCUGCCUCUAUCGGGACGAACCUGUGCUUCACCCGUUUGCCUUCAGAGUCCACGCUCACAAGCUAGGUGCGGUGGUGUCAGGAUACCGUGUACGACAGGACAAGUGGACUCUGAUUGGCAAGAAAAGCCCGCAGCGACCACAGAUGUUCUACCCUGUGAGCGACAAGACACUGACCAUCAAAAAUGGAGACAUACUGGCUGCAAGAUGCUCGUACAAGAGUGACCUGGACCAUACAGUGCGCAUCGGGGCGACCGGUUCUGAUGAGAUGUGUAACUUCUACAUCAUGUACUACACCACCAGCCGCCGGCCCCUGGAACAGAACAUGUGCUUCCGCGCAGGCUUCCACUGGGAGGGCGCCUUACAAAACAUCCCCGAGGAGGCAGACUACCCGUGAAGGUUUCAUUGAAAGGUCCUAGCGUUUGUAUCGGUCUACAUGUGCAUCGAUACAGAAGGACUCAACUUAAGAUACCCGUGAUUGAGAUGUCUACUAAAUCCAUUCUCUGAUUCCAUACCUUUAGUUAAACCCUGUCACACAUAACCAGCUCUUCCCGACCAUGGUAGGGAGUUGGCCGUUGAGGAUUUGCAUUAGUCUUUAGUUAUUAUAGUAUGCACCAACCUAUUUGUAUAGAUUAUAAAACAUCAAAUUUGGGAGAGGCACAUUCUACUUUGAUGCCUUCAGGAGCUAUCCGGGGCUAGAAUUAUCAAUAUACUGGGUUCCAGAGUAAUCCCAAACCAGCACCGACCUUGGUUUGCAAGUGGUCGAGAGAAGGUCGUGAAUAUGUGACAGGGCUUGACAGGAAAACUUGACUCUUUCCGUAACUGUAUGUUGUGUUAAGUGACGUUCCUUUCUCCGCUAUAUGAAACGUUCGCCAUAAGUGCCAUAGUCUUCAAGUUUACGUUAGCUUUGUAUUGUUCUUUACAUGAUGAUUUGGCCGCCGUAAUUUGCACUUUGGUAUCCAGUCGGCGUCCAUACUUUUGUUUUUGCAUUCGUUAAACGUGCCAAACGAAGUUUAACCUUCUUUCAAGUAUUUUGGCCACGCCAAGAGAAGCCUAUAAUUGUCAUAAUUGUUGUAUUCGUAAUGCCCAAGUUUCAUAUCCAUGGGUGCUUCUGUUCAUUGAAGUUUUCUGAGGUGAAAGCCAGAUUUUAAGGUGUCAAGUCUUCUUUUGUUCCACCAAUAGUACAGUCUGUGAAGUUGAAACAGAUACGAUUACAUUCCAGUGAGAAAGAUUUGGUCACAAAUUUAGACCAGCUUUCGGAUUAUGGACAUGUCAGUGUUUUUCGUAAUUGCUUGUCAAGGAGUUUAUAAAGGUUUCUAGGAUGAAGCUCUGACAAUGCUUCUGGCUGGAAAUUCAAUCAUUGUAAUUAUAACUGGAUGGUACACAGAGCACUUCUUGUACGUGCACGGGCACAGUUGAAUGUACAGAAUUUAGAUUGAUAGAUAAUAAAAUAAGACUACAUAUUCAGGAGAGAUAUCACCCGAGAAGGCUAUCUAUUUAUCUAUAUCAUGGAAAGAAAAUGUUAGAUGUUAAUUGUUUGGAUUGUGAGAAAGUAUCUAGGGCUACCGGCACGUUUAUACAAACGGAAUUACCUUGAGCACCGUCACAAUACUUAACACUGUUUUUUCAAAGAAAUGUUGAUUAUCAGAUGGUGUUUCCAAUAGAAACAAAAUAAACGGGACCAAACGAAGAGUCGUGGGAGACGCUCAAGGGAUAAACAAUGAUUAUUUCCCUAAAAUGGAAGAAUCCAAAGCUAAAGCUACGAAUAUAACGUUGUUCUUCAUGAAAGGUUACGGCAGGUCCGACCAUGAAUCCACUACUUCUUUACCUGUACAUUUGAUCACAGUUUGCCAGGGCAAAAUGUGUCUAAAAGUUUUAACCAUGCUCUUAUUCAACGCAAUUUUCUAGCCUGUGGCGACACUUUCUGCUACAUAAAACUUGCCAUGUGCACUCUAUCCUGCACCAUAGCCUAACUAAGAACAGGACCGCCUGCGCACUGUACUACGAUCCGUACGGAGGUAACAUUUCUCGAUUUACGAAGAUGCGUCAGGCAUGUGAUGUGAAACGGGAGUGAUGUUUUCUCUUUAGUUGGAGAGAAAUGAGACAGGUAUGAGUUGCAAAACCGCCUUCUUUAGCCAAAGUAGGAUAUAGACAGGAUGUCUGGCAACCGUUGGCAAUGUGUGAUUCCAAGGAAAAUAUGGUUUGGAAGAAAUGAGAUAGAUAUCAGUUGAGGAACUUGAGCCAGGAAAAAAAUCUGCAGACUUUUUUUCGGCAAAGUGGGAUGGAGACGGGGCGUCUGACAGCCCUUCUGAACCAAAUAAACAAGUUAUUCGUCGUACAUAAGAUUUAUCCCUAUUACAGUUUUCAGAUGACAGCGCUAGCGUCUCACAAAGGGUACGUUUUGACCACUAUUUUCUCUGUAACAUCGCAAUUUAUCACCUAUUCACAUGUCCAGCCAUCUUCCUUCCUCAAUAACCACCCCUCAACAACCAAUUGAUAUCCGUGUUCUUUCGCCCACAUCCGCCCUAUCAGUCUUGAACCAUUAUUCUACACAGAAAACCCUCCUCGCAGUACAGGCGUACAUAUAAAAGUACGGUACACGUUGCAUGAUGGAACCCAUUGUACAGUGUAAGUGUGGGUCUGACUCAACCUGAUGGUGCUUCUUUAUUCCAGAGUGGUUCAAUAGUUCGUUUUUGAGUGAGAUCUACUGCGCUAAUUGCUGUCCUCGUGUGUUCCAUGUUGUAUUGUUGUAUGCAGAACGAGGGGAAAUGGUGUAUGCUCACCGAGAUAUUUCACUUGGACAAUCUUUACUUUGAACUUUAUAUAUUCAAGAAUAUGAAGACGAAUCAUUCUGAAAUAAAAGUCUGUUAUUCGUUUGA